AUGGCGGCCAUUUCAAAGUCAUUCAUUAUCUUAUUUGGUGAUAGUUCCCAAGACACAUUCGAUGAAUCAAUUAUUGCAACAUUAACCAGAGAAAUCAAACCACCACUUUUAAAUCGAUUUUUAAGUGACUGCCAAAAUAUUUUGAGUGAAGAAUAUGGGAAUUUAUUCCCAUCAGAGAGACAUCUACUCCCUUUCCGUGAUCUCUUUAGUUUCAUUCAGGGAGGGGGAAAAGAGACAAGCAGUACACAUCCAGCCCUAGGGGCGGCUAGACUUGUGUUGAUUCAGCUAGCCUCAUUUAUUAACUCGCAUGAAGAAAAUCCGCAUGAAAGAUAUCCACGGCCGCCCACAGACCUAGUAAUCGGACUUUGCCUUGGUGAACUCUCAGCAGCGGCAGUAGCUGGGGCGUCAAGUUUACACGAGCUUGUACCGGUGGCCGCUGAGGCCGUUCGUCUAGCCUUUCGUGUUGGGAACAUCGCACAUCGUGCCGCAUUGGACCUGGAUGGGCUGAACGCAUCUAGCAAGUCAUGGUCUGCAGUUGUUUCAAGAGAAUCCGAUCUUUCGGACCAGAGAACUCUUGAAGAAUUCCAACUAUCCCUAAACAUUCCACUCCGUAAUAGAGCAUAUACCAGUGCCUCGUCGAGCAAAAGUGUGACCAUCAGUGGCCCACCAUCUACACUCCAAAAGCUCUUCGAGCAAGGUGACAAAUUUAAUGGGAAGGGGAAACCGUACAAACUCCCCAUAUAUUGCCCAUACCAUGCACCUCAUUUAUACUCCCCGGAUUCGGUCGAGAAGGUCAUUGACUCUACAUACAAAGACGGCGCAGCAGAUUCUUCACAAAACAAUAUCGCGUUGUUUAGAGUUGCACUCCAUAACAUUCUUCAUACACGAUUCGAGUGGGAACUAAUUGUAGACAAUUGUAAAUCCAUCAUCUCGAGCUCCGACGUCAGGAAAUGGUUCAUCCGAGCUUUUGGUCCCACCUCGGCGCCGAAGAGUCUUGUUUCUGCUAUAGGCUCAUCUGGCGAUAUCCAAGUUCGUAUUGAUGUCGAAUUCAAUCUUGGUACCCAAAGCAUCAAUCAAGAAAAGAAACAAGGAAAAAAGCGACCGCUCGCGAUCAUUGGCAUGGCAGGAAGAUUUCCGCAGGCAUCGAACCCGGACGAACUAUGGAAGCUGCUCUCAGAGCGCAGGGAUUGUCAUAUUCCAGUAUUUGCCGUUAACCCCCCUAUGACAAAUAAUAAAGAAUCGCGAUUCGAUCCCACGACUCAUUUAUCCCAAACUGCUUACGGGUGUUUUAUUGAGUCGCCAGGUUUAUUUGAUGCCAAGUUCUUCAACAUGUCUCCACGAGAAGCCUUGCAGACAGAACCUGGUCAGAGACUAUCACUGGUAACAGCGUACGAAGCCCUUGAAAUGGCUGGUUAUGUUCCAAACCGAACAGAAUCUUCUCAGGUUGAUCGUAUUGGUACAUUUUACGGCCAGACCGUCGAUGAAUAUAAAGAACAGAAUAUGGCACAAAACAUUGAUACAUAUUAUAUACCUGGCAGCUUGCGGGCAUUUGGACCAGGCCGAAUUAACCGAUAUUUCAAGUUUGGAGGUCCUGCAAGUAGCCUAGACACGGCAUGCUCGUCAAGCUCGGUCGCUUUCAAUACAGCAUGUAACUCUGUGUGGGAUGGGGAGUGUAAAAUGGCUGUUGUUGGUGGUGUGAAUAUCUUGACAGGCUCAGAUAAUUACAAUGGUCUUGCUGCGGGGCACUUCUUGUCUUCAACAGGUGGUUGUAAGACUUUUGAUGACUCCGCUGAUGGAUAUUGCCGUGCAGAAGGAGUCGCCUCAAUUGUGCUCAAACAUUUAGAUGAUGCAGAAAGGGACAAUGAUAAUAUCCUAGGGGUUGUGCUGUCAACAGCCACAAACUACUCGGCAGAUGCAGUAUCAAUAACCAGACCGUCUGCCACAGCUCAAAAGAGAUUGUACACUCAGGUACUGGAAGAGGCGGGACUUCGGCCUUCAGAUGUUAAUUACGUCGAGAUGCACGGGACUGGUACCCAAGCCGGAGAUAGCUGUGAAAUUAAUUCAGUCGCAGAUAUCUUUGCUCCGGCCGACCCCAAGCAUAGAAGAGAUGAUCCAUUAUACAUUAGUGCCGUGAAACCAAACGUUGGACACUCCGAAGCUGCAUCUGGAAUCACCUCAGUCAUCAAAGCUCUGCUCGCCUUGCGCGAACAGAAACUGCCUCCACACAUUGGGAUCAAAUCAUCUAUCAAUCACAAUUUCCCCGAUUUAGAAGCUCGAAAGAUCAUUAUCCCAACAGAAGAGACAAAACUGCCACAAUCGCAGCCUGAUAAUAACACACAACAUGUUCUGAUCAAUAACUUUGGAGCCGCGGGUGGCAAUACUGCAAUCAUCAUUCAAGCACCAACGAAAGACCAAAGUCAAAAACCUCGCGUGGAUGCACGACCUGAUCAUAUAGUCAAUAUCACUGCCAAGUCAAAGUUCUCUUUAACGAAGAACAUUGCGAACAUCAUCCAAUAUAUUGAUGAGAAUCAGGGUACUUCUUUAUCGGAUCUUUCUUAUACCACCACAGCGCGUCGUAUACAACACCCAUUACGCGUUUCCACGGUAGCUUCUUCGAUUGAUCACCUAAGGAAAUCUCUUGUUUUACUUACCCAGGACGAGAAUCUCAAACUUAGUACAGAAAAGCUGUCGAAAACUGUGUUCGCCUUUACCGGGCAAGGUUCUAUUUACUGUUCCCUAGGAAAAGAAUGCUUUCAAGCAAGCCCUUUAUUUGAAUCUUUUGUAACGCAACUGGAUGAUAUUGCUCAAAGCCAUGGAUUCAAACCAAUCCUCCCAGUGAUUGACGGAACGGUAACGGAUAUCGGGAUGUUGACAACUACUGAAUCGCAACUCGCCAUAACUGCUAUCCAGAUUGCACUUUGCAAGCUCUGGGCUGCGUGGGGUGUGGAGCCAGAUGCAGUGAUUGGUCAUAGUUUAGGAGAAUAUGCUGCGCUGUACGCGAGUGGUGUUCUCACAGCUAGUGAUGCAAUAUACCUUGUUGGGAAACGAGCCGAACUACUCGAAAAUAACUGUCAACCACGAAGCCAUGCCAUGCUGGCUUUGAAGACUGACACGAACUCGGCGUACAGGCUAGCUGAAGAGAAUGAGUUGGAAGUAGCAUGCAUAAACGGCCCCAACGAUUUCGUUUUAAGCGGUCCACAAAAACUUGUGCGGGAAACCUGUGAUACCUUAAAGUCCAAAGGAAUCAAGUCAGUUGUAUUGGAAAUUGCAUACGGAUUCCAUUCAUCACAAGUCGAUCCAAUACUGGAGCCACUAGAACGGAUAUCUCAGGGAAUUAAUUUUAGACCUCCACGGAUUCCGGUCAUAUCCCCAGUGCUCAACACGGUCGUGGACAAAGAAUCGAUCUUCAAUCCAUUGUAUUUGCGCAGGCACGCUCGUGAGACUGUCAAUUUUCAUGGUGCACUUGAAACUGCUCUUAGCUCACAACUCGUUGAUAAGGGUAGUAUCUGGCUGGAAAUUGGCCCUCACCCACUUUGUUUAUCAAUGAUCAAGUCUACAUUUGGUGCCAGCAUCAGGAGCGUUUCAUCUUUCAGGAGGAACGAACACAGUUGUAGCUCCAUAUCAAAUGCUGUAUCAAAUCUUUUCUCCUAUGGCAUUGAUCUUGACUGGCAAGAAUAUCAUCGUGCCUUUAAUGCAGACCAGAGACUGUUGACACUGCCAAGCUAUGCAUGGGAAGAGAAGGAACAUUGGAUCCCAUACACUGGCGACUGGGUUUUAAACCGCGGCUCAAGCUCAAAAAUUGGAACAGCAGGUCAUCAAUUACCUGCUUUGUCAAAAGGUCCCAACACAACAAGUGUACAAAAAUUGUUGGUUGAGGAAAGGCAUGGUGGGAAAAUACAUCUAUUAUUUGAAAGCGAUCUUGCCGAUGUCAACCUUCAUGGAUCAAUCAUAGGACACCUAGUAAACGGCUCGGGUCUUUGCCCUGCCUCUAUAUAUGCCGAUAUGGCUCUGACAGCCGCUAACUACGUUCUGAAAGAAUAUCAGAUCCCAUCUCCAACAACUGGGGUUGAUGUUUGUAACAUGAAUAUCUUUCGCCCAAUCGUGGUUUCAAAAAAUAGGGAGGAGGUUUUUGAAAAACUUCAUCUCGAAGUCGUCGCGGAUCUUAACGUCGGACAGUUUCAUUGUCAGUUUGGAAGUCACAACCCGGAAACUGGAAAAACUGAUUGGAAAGCAAAUUGUGAUGUGCUAUACUGUGACGCCAAUCUGUGGACCAAGGAGUGGGAUAAACUCACGUAUUUGAUACAAGGAAGACUUGAAUCUCUGGAGGCAGGAGUUUCACGAGCUACUACCCACAAACUUUUUCAGUCCAUGGUCUAUAAACUUUUCACAUCUUGUGUGGAUUAUGAUACAAAGUAUCAGGCAAUGAAAGAGGUGUUGCUACAUUCGCCGGGCCUUGAAGCCUCGGCAAAGCUUCUUCUUUACUCUGGAUCGGAAGGCGGCACAUUCUUCUACAGUCCAUUUUGGAUCGACGCCCUCGUUCACCUAGCUGGCUUUGUGAUGAACACCAACGAAGAACUGGAUACUCGGAAUAAUGUCUGGAUAUCUGGCGGCUGGGGCAGCAUGCAAUUCUCGCAGUCUAUAGAUUCGAGCUUACCAUAUAAGGUUUAUGUCAAGAUGAAUUUCCAUGGAGAGAAUGCUGUCGUUGGAGAUGUUUAUGUUAUGCAAGGCGAUAGUGUUGUGGCCAGGAUUGGUGAUCUUAAUUUCCAUUGCCUUCCGCGGACUGUGCUUAGUCGACUUUUCAAAGUUCCUCACAGCGCAGUGUCCCAACGAAAUGUUUCAAAGGAAGCCACCCACUCAAAUCCUGAAAGGCCACAGGGAUGGAAACAUCAGUCAAACCCUAUGAAAGUCGUUUCUAAACUUUCGAACAGCAUCUCAGAUAAAAUGAUUAAUAUCAUUGCUGAGGAAGUAGGGGUCUCAACAAGAGAACUUAUUGAGACCAACGACUUUGAAAAGGUCGGGAUUGACUCCUUGAUGUCCUUGCAAAUUUUGUCAAAAACUUCUACAAUACUCGAUAUCGAACUGGAUCAAGAUACUUUCCAGACUCUCACUACUGUUCAAAAGCUUAGGGGAUAUGUAGACGAUUUAUAUACCGAUGAAAGCCUCUCCGCCGAUGACAGUAUUUCCACAGGGGAGGAAAAUCCAAGGACACCUGCAACCCCCAUUGAUCAUCACGAUCCUUUAUCAAAUGAGGAUAACUUGCUAGCGACACUAGUCUCGAUAAUUGUCGAAGAGUCAGGCAUGGAUCCUCAGGAUUUAGUAGCUUCUGAAGAUUUAUCAAAACUAGGUCUCGAUUCACUUAUGAGUCUUGCUAUCAUUGGGAGCUUAGAGCAAAAACUUGGCAUAGAGAUCGAUUCGUCAGAGUUACCGGAGACAAUAACCGUGUCGUCCUUAACGAAGCUUGUCAAGGAGACACGUUCAGGCUCUCAGAGCCCAGAAAGAAUCGAAAUACACAGCCAACAAAACAGAAAUCAGUCGGAAUCAUCUCUGUCAGUUCCCAUACGAGGAAAUCCUCGCUCGGACUCGAAGCUUGCAUUUCUGUUCCCGGACGGUAGUGGAAGUGCCGCCGUCUAUCAGGGAAUUCGGCCCAAGACACCCGGCCUUUGUCUUCUUGGCCUCAAUAGCCCCUUUUUAAAAUUUCCCGACCAAUAUACUUGUACAAUUAAUGAUGUUGUGAUGAAAUGGGUACUCGAAAUACGCAGCCGACAGCCAUGUGGUCCAUAUCAACUCGUGGGAUAUUCCGCUGGGGGAUAUUACGCAUACGAAGCAGCAAAAAGUCUAAUCUCAGAGGGCGAGAAGGUAUCAAAACUCAUACUCAUUGACUGCCCCUGUCGUACUGUCUAUGGAGCAAUGCCUUCUUCAGUUCUCGAUGCUUUGUAUCAAGGUAGAAUCCUUGCAUUCCCAGACGGCGGCAAAAAAACCCCUUCCACGAACCAAGACGUUCUACGACGUCACUUCCAAUCAACAAUCCGUAACAUAGAAAAAUACCGCCCAACACCCAUGGCAAAUGCGCCACCUACGACAUUAAUCUGGGCGUCUAGAGGGGUAGCCGACGGCGACAGCAACGAAGCAUAUCCAGUUAUCAGUAACGAGACGGACGAGUUCAACGAGUGGCUUUUCCACCGUCAAUCAGAAAACCUCGGCUUUGACGGUUGGGAUGGGCUUCUAAAAAAUAGCCAAAUUGCAGUUGAAGUGACUCCUGGUAAUCAUUUCACGAUUAUGCAAUCAGGGAAUGUUGAAUCUUUAAGUCAAAUAAUCGAGAAGAAUCUUCUUCCCUAGGCUUCAUUGUCUUCAUCUCGAGGGAAACUAGUCUGAUGACCUGUUUGUAGCUACGCCAAUAGAGCUUAGGCAUAGACUUUACCUAUUGACAUUACGUUCCUUGGGGAAUUUAUUCGAACUUGAUUUAUCUGG